AUGUCCCUCUUCGGUCAGCCCUCUGGCGGCGCCUCGCUGUUUGGCGGCGGUAAUACGACCACGCAAGCGAACCCUUUUGCGCAGUCAACAGCAACCCAGCAGCAACCUACACAAACACAAAGCAUCUUUGGCCAGACGAAUAAUCAGCAGCAGCAGCAACAGCAGCAGCAACAACAACAACAACCACAGCAGCAGCAGCAGCAGCAGGCUCCGCAGCUGGGUCAGUCCAUUUUUGGGCAACCGCAGAACAAUCAAGCUGCCAACCCAGUCUUCCAGCCUGGCGCUCAACCACAACCUUAUGGCAAAUCCAUCCCCGAACAGAUGGCUCUGGUCCUCGCCAAAUGGAGACCGAAACAGCCCGACUGUGUCUUCAAGUACUAUUUCUACAACAAAGUUGACGACGCUCACGUCCCCUUCUACCAUCCCGGCCAGGACGAGAACGCCAAAGAAUGGGAGGAAGCACUGCAGAACAAGCCCGCACCUGGCCUGAUGCCCGUGCUGGCCUCUGGUUUUGAGGCUGUCGCGGAGCGGCUUAAGGCGCAACGCGUCGCGGUUGGCCGCUUCAAUCAGAGGCUGCACGAGAUCAACAACUGUCUCGAUGCGAUCCUGUCGAAACAUGACCUGGAGUGGAGUGUGCGGACGAUCAACGCGAGGCGGAAACACGAUGCCCUGCGCCGACGAACGCUGGUGCUUGCUAGGAAGGUGCAGGUUCUGCGAAAUAGAGGCUACGCGCUUUCGGGCGAUGAGGACGAGCUGAGAAUCAAGCUGGAGAACAUGGAGAAGAGUGUGCAGGACCCAGCAGUCAAUGCGAGACUGGAAGAGCUGUGGAGUCGGUUGAUAAUGCUCAGAGAGAGAGCCCAGAUUCUGCAGUCGGAGCUGCAGAAGAAGGGGCUGGGCGAUGAGCAGGGCCUUGGUGAGGAAGUGGAGGUCAGAGUCAAGAAGAUUGUCGAAGACUACGAGAAGCAGCUCCAGCAUCUCAAAAAGGAGUGCGAGCUGAUCAAGCAGGACUUUGAAGAAUGGGAGAAGGAACACCCCAAAUAG